AUGUUUCGUAUGCUUCAGGCGCUGGAACGGGAGCCUCAGGAGGACAUCGCGCAGAUGUACGACAUCUCGCCGGCGCCCACCGGACGCAUGCCGUUCGGCACCGAGAACGGGGACCACCGGAGCGGCGGCGGCAGCGGCGCCGGUGGAGUGGGCGUCGGGGGCGGCGUGUCGUCGACCGGCAAACGGGAUAACCCGCACAAAUACCUGCUCUAUAAGCCCACGUUCAGCCAGUUCUUUGUGUUCCUGGCCUCCGGGUUCAAGGAGUUGCCGGCAAACGGUGUGCUAUUACUGUAUCUGUCGGCCGACGGCUGCUUCGUCAACAACAAACACCCGGACGACGUUGGCUACGACUACGGCGGCGUCAUAACGAACACGAAGUCGAGGGACCAGUCGCUGGCCGACCAGAACAAGCGUCAGAUGGUGUCGAAG